AUGCCAAAGCAAGCUGCACCUAAUGAUUUUUUAGGCCAAGUUUUGGGCAAAGAGCAUUCAGGUAGGAUGCGAGGUAUGGGGGCUGGUGUUGUUCCGUCUGAGACCUUUGGUUCUAGCUCGUCUAGAUAUGUCGGAGAAUCAUCAAAUGCCGAUUUUGGAAGUGAACAAAUUUUGUGGUCUAAGUUACAACAAAGCUUGGAGAAGAAUAAGAGGUAUGAAGAGUGGUCAGUCAAGAUUUUUCAGCACAUGAAUGUCCCUAUUCCAUUGGAGCUAGCUAUGUUAGAAGAACAAGUAAGUUGCUAUUUUGAAUGUAAGAACUUGUAG